UCUGAAAAACAUUUUUAGUUAUACUUUUUUAACUGGUUCUGCACUUACUUAAAGAAUGCUUUGUUUGGGCAGCCUAUACCUACUUACAGGGUUGUGUGAUUGCUGCUGUCUAUUGACUUUGACAUCAAUGCACAUGUGAUUCCUCAUGCCUACAAAGCACCAUGUCAGGUUCUCCACAAUCGUCGAUUAACAACUGCGAGAGUGUUCUGAAUAAGAUCAGCAACCUGUACUGUAACCGACUCCUGAGUGAUGUCAUUCUGAAAGUUGGACUGCAGGAAUACCCAGCUCACCGGCUCAUACUCUGUGCUUCAUCAGCUGUUUUCCAGGUUAUGUUACUCAAACCUGAGUGGUCCGAGAGCUGUGAACAAGUCGUGGUUCUGCAUGAAGCUGAAGAGUGUGAACAGCAGUUUGGAACGUUUCUGCAGUACCUCUACACUGGGCGUGUUGUGCUGACUGAUGCAACAGUUCUCCCAAUACUUGCUCUUGCUGAUAAAUAUAAUGUUCAGGACUUGCGUGUUGUAUGUGGGUCGUACAUGAAGCAACAUGUGGUAUCAGCUGCUGAGCACAAUUUUCUGCUCUCGUGGCUGCAGUACUGCUUGGCGUCACAGCACACUGCUGCAGCUACAGCUUGUCUCAAUCAUUUCAAGUGGAACUUUGAGCAGGUUGCACGGACGUCAGAUUUCUUGAACUGCGAUGUGGGACUCCUGACGAGCGUUUUGGCUCAGCAUGACUUGGUUGUGCAUGAUGAGAUGACCUUGUACAUGUAUUUGGUCCAGUGGUUGGAGAUGCAAAAACAUCGAUUACUGGCGGAAUCUGAUUCUGCUGCGAGCAGUCACUGCGCAUCCCCCGCGCCUCCAUCCUGCCUCAUUCAGCCUCCUUUAGUUAAGCUACACCCUAAGCUGCAAUUGAAAGAAGAAAUAAAGGAAGAAUCUAGCCAGUCCUCACCAUCCAAUUUCUCAUUAGAAAAGUCACUGUAUAAAAAAGACCACUUAAAUAGUGGCACACCAGGAAAACAAUCCCAUGGCAGGCCCUCGUGUGGAGGCGUGUCUAGAGACUGCAAUCAAGGUUGCUUUGAUGCCGGUUCUUCAAGGAUGUGUCCUCACGCAAGCCAUGCUGGAGGCGGGCCUUCGGUGUGUUCAUGUAGUGUCUCCUCUCCCUGCUGGCGUGCAAAUCAUGGGAUAUCGUUCAAUAAUAUUCCCUCUUGUGCAAUGCCGCGAAGUCGCUUUGCCGGGACUCGUUGUUGCUGCUCUAACAUGUCAGCGUCUCCCGGGACACAAAAUUGCCCCUUACACUCAUUUAAUGCUUCGUCUUCCAAUCUCGCCCAUACGUGUUUCUGUAGUCCUUGCCAUGUGUGCCAAAAUUUACAUGCAAACCAUUGUGGUCGUUCACAAAGCAGUCAUGGCUGCUGCAGUUCGUGGACACAAUUGGAUUGCACUGCCCAUCGUGGACACAGUUUCCCCCCAAUUCUUCCAUCGCUGAACUGCAAUACUUCUGAUGAAUCCGUUGGAGGUGCAUCAGGGUCGUAUUUCCCGCCAUUCUCGACUAGUCGUCACAAGUCCACAGGGGCUGCACACAACUCGUCGUCAUCUCAGCCUUACACGGGGAUGUUGUACCUGCGCUGCUCGUCUCCUCUCGUACACGAUGCUUCUAUUGACGACGAUAUCGCACAGCAAAUAGAAACUCUCACUUAUAAGGUGAUGUCGUUCGUACGGUUCCCUAUGAUGACGCCGCGGCAGAUCGCUCACCUGUUGCCCCUGCCGCUCACCAUCCAGUACAAGGAGUUCUUCAUCACACGCAUGGCCGUGGGCGUCAACUUCCAAUCUGGCGAAUGGUGGCGUCUGAGCGAAGUAAUGGAGUGCAAAGACGAGUCCCUACGACUAAUGUUCGUCCCUCGCUUGUACACCGCGGAGCUCUGGAGCGCUGGUCUCACCGUAGACAACCUGCCUGCACUGCCGCCCUACCACAGCCGCACCCUCUUCUUCAGCACGCCGGCGUCCGUGUCUGAGCAACAGAACGACGAGCGCCUCGAGUGGAUCGUCGAGCUCUACCCCAAGGGUGUGUGGUUCCGCAAGUAUUUUCUGAUCGUGUGGCAAGGAACUGUUGAAGUGCCCGAAGUGAUUCUCCGGACGGUGCGUCUGAGCAUCACCCACAACACCGCCAACGCCGUCGCCGCCCCCGACAAGGGCUCCUCUGCUCCUGCCCCCAGUCCCAGAGUGCGGCUGGCUGUACUCGUAUCGGCAUAUAGUAACGGCGUCGAAUUCGUCUCGCACGUCGUCACCAAGAACCACAUCUUCUCCCCUGACGACUGCCUCCUCAACAUGGACGAUAUCUUGCCAUUUGAUUCUCUCAACGACCCUAAGGUGGCAGCUCAGUACCUGCUCCCUCCAUGCGACUCCCUCAAGCUGCAAGUCGUCAUCAGCCCACUGUCUGCUCCAGCCUUCAUUCCGUCUGUUUCUUCGUAAUCUUUCUUCUUUAGUAAAUUGUUUGUAGAUUUUCCCAAUGAAGAACACUAGUUAUGCUCCUCGACCAGUUGACGGAUAUUUUUUCCCACAAUGUUUGUUGAUUUGGAAUUGUUUCUCUAGAUGAACAAAACGCAGCGAAUUUCAAACAAGGCAGGUUGUGAUGUUAAGAGAAAGGUUGUGAAUGUUGGAAAAAUUUUAUUUUCGCUCGGUUUAGUUUUCCAACAGAUAGCAAUUUGUUAUUAUUAUUUAACAAAUUUCAUGUGUUUCCCGUUAGGAAUCGCAACAGGAAUUUUUCAUUAUUAACCUGAGUAAAUCUGGUCGCGUCAAGUUUUGCAUCAACAACGAACAUGAUGGAAACCUCUUUAGAAGCUUACUCUCUAUUGAGUGUUCAACAGACUCAGAGCAUACUAAUUACUGAGAUGGCAAAUUCUUCGUCUCCGAAAUUUUGUCAUUCUCAAAAAUCUUCCUUGCGCCCAUUUGAUAUUAAAUGUAAUAAGACGUAGUAUUGAUGUUUUUAAAGCGUUUUUCAGCCGAACAUUGUCAUCAUAGCUUUGUCAACGGUGUGCCAUUCAUCUUGCUAUUAUUCUCGCGUACACUAGUUCUCGAAAUUGCAUCUCUAUGAGAGAUGGUCUUCUAGCUUCGCUUCAGCCUACACAUGCUUAAAGUACGCAUUGUGCACAAGAACUUUUACAUUGUAAAGAGUAUUUUUAUGAUUUUUUUAUUACUUAUUUAUUUCAUUCAAAUUUUUAUGUUUAUUUAUUCUUUGAAGUGGUUUUGACCAUGUUUUAUUUUAGACUUGAAUUUACUGUGCAAUAAUUAUUGAAAUUUUACAAGUAUCAUUCUUAUUUGCGAAAUUAUUGUGCAAAUGUACCUACUUUACUUUUUCAUUUGUCCAUGCAGCAAGAUAGUUCUGUCCCUUAUGGUACCAUUAGGCUUUCAAGAAGUCCUGGCAACGCAUUUCACUCAUUACUAUCUAUGCAAUUUAGCCAGUGGUUAUACGAUUUUUAUUUAAAGUUCAUUCUUCAUAGUUUUGGGGAAUUGGAUUUGAAUUGGAUACCAUUGCAUAUUUUCGGUUAUAAAAUUGGGACAAUUUGAAUUGGAUGGAGAGUAAUUAACAUUCUAUCCAAUUCAAAAUUAAACAUCAAUGGAUGCACUGGUGUUGGUGUCACUCGUGGAAGUGGCAGUUUUCCUCCGGUGAAUUUAGAAGUGACAUGGUUA